AUGGCCACAUCAGCAGCAGCUCACCACGUCCUAGUCCUCGGCGGCCACGGCAAGAUCGCCCAGCUGCUGACCCCGCUGCUGCUGCAGCGCGGCUGGGCCGUGACGAGCGUGAUCCGCAGCAGCGAGCAGGUGGCGGCCAUUGAGAAGCUUGGGGACUCUCGUAAAGGACGCCUCAGCGUGCUGGUGCGCAGCAUCGAGGACGUCAAGAGCGAGGCGCAGGCGCGGGCUGUUCUUGAAGAGGCUGGUCGGCCGGAUUAUGUUGUCUGGAGCGCGGGUGCGGCCGGCAAAGGUGGUCCAGAAAGGACCUUCGCCAUCGACCGCGACGCCGCCGUGCACUUCAUCCGCGCCUCCGCAGCGCCAUCCUCCGGCGUAACCCGCUUCCUGCUGGUCUCGUACAACUGCUCGCGGCGCACGAAACCGGCAUGGUGGGACGGCGCGUCCUGGACCGCCGCGCAGGAGAUCAACUCCAGAGCGCUGAAAACGUACUACGCGGCCAAAGUUGUCGCAGACGAGGCGCUGUACGCGGCGUCCAAGGGGCGUACCGAUGGCGGGUUCGUGGGGAUCGAUCUGCGGCCGGGCACUUUGAGCGACGAGCCGGCUUGGGGGGUAGAGCUGGGGAAGACGAAAGGGUCCGCUGGCAAAGUUAGCCGGGCGAGCGUGGCGCGCGUGGCGGAUCAGCUGCUGGCUGCGGACGGGGUGAAGAACUCGUGGAUUGACAUGCUCGACGGCGAUGAGGAGAUUUCUGCGGCUGCGAAGCGUGUUGUUGAGGAGGGCGUGAAUGCCGCUGAGGGCGAAUCCGUGUUUUGA